AUGGCGUCUUUCUCUUCAAUGUCCAUGCCGGAUCUGCCAGCAAUGACCGCGAUGCCUAGCGGAUUGGGAUUCAUGAACACGAGCUCCAUGGGAAUGCCGGAUAUGCCGGAUAUGCCCUUGAAUGGAUCGGCUCCUCCAGCCAUGCCCGGUAUGGAUGGUAUGGACAUGAGCUGUCGCAUCUCGAUGCUUUGGAACUGGUUCACUAUUGAUGCCUGCUUUCUUUCCAGCACCUGGCACAUUCGUUCCAAGGGUGCCUUCGCUGGCUCGUGUAUCGGCGUUAUUCUUCUCGUCAUCAGUUUGGAGUUCCUCCGCCGCCUGGGUCGCGAGUUCGAUGCUUUCAUCCUCCGUCGAGCCCAUCAGCGACAGUCGACUCUGGACGGUUCUCCCUACAAAGGCCAAACCACAGGCUACAUCAAGUCCAACAUCCCCAUCGGCAGGUCAAGACGGUACCAAGUUGAUGGGUUCUGGUGCUGUCACGGCUGUUUCCUCUGGGGGUUGCGAUCUACCGAAAAUGGCUCGGCCUCUCGUCAAAGCCAUGAGGCUGUCAUCUCCUAUCGCCCUUCGCCUCUCGAGCAGAUCAUCCGAGCUUUGUUACACACGGUUCAAUUCGCGGUGGCAUACAUCAUCAUGUUGCUAGCCAUGUACUUCAACGGCUACAUCAUCAUCUGCAUCUUCAUUGGAGCUUUCCUGGGUGCUCUCGUCUUCUCGUGGCAGCCUCUGUCUCUCUCACAUGAGUAA